CACACCAGUGCUCUCCUCUCUAAUUGGCUCAUAAUGACCAUAGGUACUGAUAAAAGGUGUUUUAACUUCAGACGGCAACUACAGUCCUUCUAUGAAGCUGAAAUUCAAGCAACAAAGAAAAAGAACAAGGUUUGCACGAUGAAGCUUCUCCUCCUAAUAAUGUUUACAACAACCUUCUGCUUUGUCAAUGCAGACAAGUCACACAGGAUGCUGGCAGCUAUCAUGGCAGGUAUGAAUGGAGGAAUGGCAAAUGGAGUGAUACCUGUCAGGGUGGCUGGGGGCCUGAACCCCUCUGUGGUAGCUGUUGGUGGGGCGGGUUUAGUUGGGCAGACGCAGUUUGUUCAGAUUGUUCCAGGUGUCCCUGCUUACGCUGCUCCUGCUCCUGUUUCUAAUGUGUACACUGUCCCUGCAGUCAAUACGUUUCCAUUCAUGGGAGUUCCUCAAACACGACCAAUGAAUCCUCCUCAGCAGCCUCUGAUGGGGGUUACAGGAGGUGUCUUACAGCAGCAGCUUCAGCCUGAUCCAUUCAGAAGAUUCAAGCGUCAGGUUAUGAAUCAAGCAAACACCUUUGAGACCACAGUGGAUACUCAGAUUCCAGCUCCCACUGAAACAACAAAACCAACUCCCUGCAAGGAAAAAGUUCAUCUUGAAGAAGACAUUGUUGAAGACAGUUUUUAAUCAAACUUGAAAACUUAACUUACUUGAUAAUAAAACUUUGAAAAAAC